CGGAGGAAGAGGACGGCGACACUCAGAUGUGUGGACCAUGUUCUGGGAAUGGAGCAGGACGUCCAGCUAAAGAGCUCAUAAAGCAAAGGACGUAGAGAGGGAGGGAGGAUACAGGAGGGAACACUGAGAUCCUAAUGGACCGUGGACUGGUCGGGCGAUGGAAGGAAGGAAACAGGAAAAGGAGACGAGAAAGAAAGUCAAAUGUUUCUUCAGGACGGUUUCACUUUUUGUGAACUGCUGAGAGAAAAAUAUAUAAAUAUGAAGAGAUAGAACAAAGAGGUGAAGUAAUCCAGAUCCUGUGUCUCAGACGGUCUCAGUCAACAGGACAGAUGACCACUGGGUAUUUGACAUUCCUGUAGAUGGAUGAACGUGUUUCCAAAAGCCUUUGUCGCACGCUGCGAUCGUUCUCUCGCGAGUUCUGAGCUUUUUGUUUGACGGGAAAUCCUUCAGACGCCAGCAGGUCAGCCGUGUCUUCAGCGGCCGCGGAGAUAAAUGAUCCACCGAAACAGUUUGAGCAUCCGGCGGCAAAUGGCGCUUUCCACAGACAGCAGGAGAAAUGGUUUGAAGAAUCGCCUGAGAGGCGACGUCUGCUUGGUGAACGGGGGGAGGUUGGAGCGUCCCGGGACUUUAUUCUCUCUUGUACUUAACAGGAACUUCUCUUGAAGGUUCGACCCAACGAGGUUCUGUCCUCGAGGUCCCGAGCCAUCAUCGAUAGGAACUUCUCUCCACAUGGGAUCGUUCUUCAAGGCUGGAUUCCCAUCGGAGACGUCCCUCUUUAACCUACUCCACUACAAAGCUCCGUGCCAGGUUCUCUAUCCACCACCAUCUUCUCUUCCAUGCGCCUUGUCCAUCUUGAGUUUUGGAUACUGAAUUGAAAAUAACAUAGACGUUUAAAUAUCCUCUUUAGUAAAGUUGAACGUCCUUCUGGAGCUCCUCCUGUGGCUCAUGAAACCUGCAGGAACCUCAGUUUAAUGUUGAAUCGUCGCACCAGGAAUUUGUCCCGAAGGAAAAUCUUCUGAAAAACGUUUUGUAAAACGUCCAUUUGACGCUUCCCUGUCAGGCUGAGUUUCCUACAUAUGUUCAAUCCUCAAUAUCCAUUGGGAACCUGAUUCACUCCCUCAUUUUAAAGGGUAUUUAACCUCUGUGAAAGAGGAGGAACUUCUCCAUGAGGCCACUGGAAUCUCCUGCACCAUUCGCUCAGGAAACCUCUCGUUCAAGCUCUUAGAUUAAAGACCGUCCCGGGGUCUUGUCUAUAAAUCUGUGCUACAAAAAGACACAUCAGUCACCUGAAUCCGACAUAUCCAGGAGCCGGUAUUUACAGCAAGGGGCCACAUCCACCGAGGACGUCUCUCAUGUAAGGAUUGGACCUCUACAUCUACCGGAGAGAUUCACACACUCAAAGUCCAAUGAGCAAAAAAAAGAUAGGACAUAAACAUCUUAAAUAUUUCGGAGAGAAGCACUUUUAAAGGGGAACACAGCAUCUGUCCGUCUGAACUUUCACGAGUUUUCAUUUCCUCUGAGCAUCUGCCAGCGUUACCAUAGCAACCCGGUACAGGAGCGCUGCAGCAUGGGACUCAGCUGCUUCAAGUCCUGGAAACAUGACAGUACAGGCCACAAAGGAAACAGAGACGUGUUGGCCAGUCCAGGUUCCUACUUCUUCCUUUCCAACAGCGCCGGUCAGGGUGACGAGUGGCUGAAGAGCCUCAACAGGGGCGUCUGGAUCCCUUUCACAGGGGUCUUUGGUCAGCGUCUGGAGGAGACGGUGCUGUACGAGCGACGUUAUGGGGUGCGCUUGGUUCCUCUGGUGGUGGAGCAGUGUGCGACCUUCAUCCGGGAGCGUGGCCUGCAUGAGGUGGGCUUGUUCCGCCAGCCAGGACAGGCCAGUCUGGUGAAGGAGCUGCAGGACGCUUUCGAUUCAGGGGAGAGGCCGUCCUUCGACAGCAGCACAGACGUCCACACGGUGGCAUCGCUGCUCAAGCUCUACCUCAGGCAGCUGCCGGAGCCUUUGGUUCCUUACAGCCGUUACCAGGACUUUCUGCUGUGUGGACAGACGCUGACGAGUGACCAGGCACAGGGUUUUGGGGAGUUGAGGAAUCUUCUGCAUGAGUUGCCAGUUGCAAACUUCAACAUACUCAACUUUAUCUGCCAGUUUCUGAAUGAAGUGCAGAGUUUCUCUGGCAGCAACAAAAUGAGCGACCAAAACUUGGCCACCGUGUUUGGGCCAAACAUCCUCCGAGCCAAAGCCGAAGACCCACAAAGCAUCAUGGGAGGUGCAGCCUUGGUCCAUGUGUUGAUGUUGGCGCUGAUCAGAGAGCACGAGUCUCUGUUUGCCAAAGUCGCCCCGCCCAUCUCCAACCGUCCACCUGGAGGUUCGAGCGCAUCGCCAAUCGCUCUGAGGCAGCCCCACCUUCACCCGCUGCCCUGCCUUCGCCAGCUGUCCGUGCCUCUCAUUGCAGACCGCUCCAGAGAGCCGGGACAGUCCGCCUCAGACGCACAGAACCACAGUAGCUGUAUCUUCUCUGCUGCCGCCAACUCAGACUCGUCCUGGGCCCGGAAGAGACUUCUCGGCCAUCGCUACACCUCCUCCGAACCAGAGAACUGCUUCUACCCCCUGCCCUCCUCCAGUCAGCGCCCCCAGCACCACUCUGACAGACUAGGCUAUCAACAGGAUCAUGCAGGCCAAGGACCAUCUUCUGCAAAUAUCCAAGAUUCUACAGACAGCCUCCAGCUGCAAGACUCACUUCCGGACAGGUCCAAGCCCAGAUUGGUGCUCAUGGGCUGGACAAAGCCGUGGCCAGGCACGGUAGAGGCAGAUGGUGGUUUCUUGAGCUCCGGUGCUGUAGAGGAAGAAGGUGCAGUGCGAGAAACAGAGAGUGGUGGCAGCAGUGAGGCUCAGGAGGACAGCACCCCUUCUGCCUACGACAACAUGGACAGAACGUCUUUGCGUCAGAGGAUGGAGGACGCCAUUGGUGAACAUUUUGAAACCAAUGAUCCUGGAGACCAUAUCGGAACUUGUGAAGAGGAGGCAGUGCUAGACGACGCUCUGCAGAGAAGGGACUCGUCCUCUUCAUGGUCCUCCUGUGAGGUCCUACCAUUGGACGAGAGCAGUGAUGUUGUGGCGGCGGUUAGUCCGGUCAUGCCACCAAAGAAACCUCAAAGGUUACGUUCGUGUCAGCCAGCAGAAGAAGAAAUUGAUGAUGAUGGUGAUCAUGAAGACACCAACAAUAACAAUGAGUAUGAUGAUGACGACGAGGACGACAACAGCAACCACCACCAUCUUAACUCCCCAGCCUCUGCACUCAGUCUAAGCCCUCUCAGUACAGGCAGCUCAGAGGUAUUCCUCCCCUCCGGUCCUCCAGAGUCCUUCCAUGGGUCUGAACCUCCGUCACAGUCCGAGGAGGCUCACUCGCUCCUGACCAAGCUGCAGCAGCAGAUGGCCCAGCAGAAGGCUGAGUACCAGGCCAGAAUACAGAGGUUGGAGCGCUGUAACGACGUCCUCGAGCGGCAGGUUGCUGUACUCCGGGUGAGUCUGGAGCAGCAGAAGCGCAGCCAAAGUGUCGCCGAGAUCAAGAUCCGCAACAUGGAGCAAGCCAAAACGGACGCGGACCUCCGGAACGACGCGCUGCAGAGGGAGAUGGAGCUGUUCUUCCAGAUGUACGGACAGAUCAGACGAAGAGGAGGAGACGGAGGAAGAGGAGGAGGGAGUCUCUGAGCAGAAAGAGAGAGACAAAUUCUUCGACAUGUAUGGAGAGGUCAGAAGAAAAUUAGACAGGAAGUGUAAGGGUUCACUGCAAUGAGCUGGAUGAAAGGGAUGGAUGGAUAAACAACAAGUGGAAGAAGACGAUCUUGACAGGAGAUCCAACUCAGAGUUGAACAUUAAGGCAUCAGAUCCUGAAGGAAAACGGGCAAGGCGAGAAAAUAAAUCAGCGAUUGUGUGAUCCAGGAGACAAUCGUAAGAAAUCCUACUGCAGGUUUGGAUGUUGGCGAGCUUCCAAAUCUGUACAGUGGACUUCCCCAUUUGGAGAUGGGUGGUUUAGAUGACUGGAGAAAUGAUGCAGACUUGCUUUAUGGAAAUCGGUUACAAACUGUGACUUUCAAGGAGGUUCAGAAGUCAAGAUGAGAGACGUCCAUCAGUAUCCUGUUUUUUUCUGGGCUACGAUACAAUCAAACGUUUGAUGUUCAGCAUCUUACUGCCGGGGAACCUUUCAAGAGGAAAGGUCAAGAUGCGUCUCAGAAUGGAUUUAUUUGUGCCAAAAAUGUAUUCCAGUCCCAGUUCUAAAAAAGAGAAAAAGACCUCAAGGGACAGGAAACACCUAGCCAAAGCUGUUUAGUCUGCAGCAGGCUUCAGAAAAGAAGAAGUCCGUCUAGAUGGAAGGAAGUUUGAAUUCCAUGUGGGAAAGUUUUCUCAAUCAGGCGUCAAAGAGUUGCCUUAUUCUCUUCAUCACUGUGAACACUACACGGCCUUUUGCAUAUUUCUUAACAUCAAAAGAUCACAGACUUUUCAUUUCCUGCAAGAGAUUCAGUUCCAACAUGUAGUGAGCGCUUUAUGUUGGGAAAUCUGAGUGUCCAUGGUUCUUUGUAUGUUCUCGGCCUCAGGACCAACGUCGAUUGUUGUCUUUCCUCUGUUCAAUGGAGGAAUUUGAUUCACAGAAUCUUCAUACGUCAAAUGAGUUGGUAUUUCAAGAUCUCUGAAUCAACUGGAUGUUUUGCUAUAAUAAUAAUAAUAAUAAUAAUAAUAAUAAGAUAUUGACUGGAUGUUAUACUAAAUGACUUGUGCAGGAAAUGCUCUCCAACAGAAACAUGAUGAUUCAGUGUCUGAAUGUGUACAUUGAUCCUCUGAAACGUCCUGUUCACUCUGCAUGAAGCCACUUUUUCAAUAAAACACAAGAAAAACAAAAUGUU